UUAUCUGUUUUUGUAGCAGUCGUCGACGGGUUUUCACAUUAAACGAUCAUUUUAAGGGCGAACCAAUCAAACUGCAAAUUUAUACAAAUUGAUACUAAACGGGUUAUAUUAAUUUUAUAACAAAAAUUAAGUGUGUAAAUAAGUUUGAGCGGAGUCGUAAUUAAAACUAAUUGGGUGUAAUAUAGCGAUAAUUAUUUUGUAUUAAGGCGGCUUUUGACAGUAUUUUGCUCUUUUCGAGUGUGACUUUUUUUUAAAUUUGGAAAUCGAAAUGCAUUUCGGUGUGAAUUGUGCGUGAGUGUGUGGAUUUUGGACAGUGGUCAAGUGAGCUGCAACGAUUGGUUUGUUGUGGUGCCCGGAGGAAGAUGGCGGUAUAGGGCGAGGCCAGGUCUGGCCUUUCGGGGCCAUGCUCAAUAACCUUACCUCUACGGCAUUAGGAGGUCACAAAGAGUGCGACAGCAAGGUCGAACUGAAGCCGAACGUGGAGCGGCAUCAUGCCGGCGGAGCACGGCUGCUUGCUCACUCCAUACGACAAGAUCACCUGCAAGGUGGUAUACAUCAGCAGCACAGCGGGCAUAUGUCGACAGUGCCCGUCAGUAUGUCUUCCUCAGCAUCCGAUAGCGACAAACCAGCUAAACAGAAAAGGCAUAGAACGAGAUUUACACCGGCACAACUAAAUGAGUUAGAGCGGUGUUUCACCAAAACACACUAUCCAGACAUCUUCAUGAGAGAAGAGAUCGCAAUGAGAAUUGGUCUGACGGAGAGUCGAGUACAGGUUUGGUUCCAAAACCGGCGAGCGAAGUGGAAAAAGCGUAAGAAGAGCACCAAUGUGUUCAGAUCCCCUGGGUCCCUGCUCCCUUCCCACGGUCUUCCCCCGUUUGGGGCUGGAGACGUUUGCUCACCCGGAGUUUUCGCGGAUCGGGCCUGGAGUAUGCCACCUGGUCUAGGUCAGCUUUCCCAGGGCGGCGUAUCGAUGGGCGGAUUCGGUUCGGGCGGUCUGCCCCAGCUGGCGGCGGAUCUUAACCCCAUCAACUCCGUAGGCUCACAGCCCUAUCAGACUCACUAUCCGUUAAAUUCAUUGGGUGACACCAUGAUGUCGUACUGCAACAACAUCAACCAGCAAAGCGCGCUGGAAGGCUCGCCUACUCCGCCACAACCACACUGUGGGUCUAGCGGCUCGCCCGUAGCUUCCGGUAAUGGCGGUGAACAUCCGGAAGAAGAAGUAUGGCGCGGUCACAGCAUCGCCGCCCUACGCCGACGCGCCUCGGAACUUUCCGCUGCUAUCCCGCCCUAUCUCCAACUCAACUAUGACGCACAUAGCCCUGUCUACUAAUCGUAUAGCAGAUAAGCCUACGCAAAUUAUUAUAAUUUUAUAAUGUUAUUCCAAUUUUAAGGUAUUCUUUCGUAACAUAGUUGUUUUGAUUCAAUCUAAUAAUAGUACCUAAUCAACAAACAAAAAGAUUAGGGUCUACCAAUUAAAUACAGAGAGUAUCCGAUAUCAGGUAAGGAUAGUCACCUCAACUGUUUUAAGUCAAAACAAGUGAAUAUUGGUGAUUAUCCGUAAUACAAAUUACCACAAUUGGUCGCUACCAAGUUUUAUGUUUAUCGGAGUUAGACGACCCAAUAAUCUACGCAUUAGAUUGGGAUUUGGAUUUAUAGACCGGUUGUAGAUUUCGUCGUCAUAUUUCUUAUUUGUCUGGCAGAACAAGCAAAGAAAAGCAAGUGAAUCUCUAUCAAUUUAUUGUAAGUAAAUUAAUAAUUUUAUACAUUUUUUCUUUGUAAAUGUUGUACUGUUAAACUUAUAUUGUUUAAUAUAUUAUUUACAUCAUAAUUUAUUUUGUAAGUUUAAAAUUAUGUUCCUUUUUAUACGUGUACAUAUUUUAUUUUAAGUCUACUUGACUUACUUUCUACAAUUGAAACGAAAAUUCAUUACAUUAUUUACAAAAUUCUACUGUCAUCAGUUUGUCGCCAUACAACAUCAAAAAGUUUAAACAAAACACUGUCGUUUAAAUUCCUUUUAUGUACGUGUACAUAUUUCUCAAAGAAUUGUAGAUUAUCUUGACAGUUUGAAAUACAGAACUGAAAAUUGAGAAAUCUUA